AUGGAUCUCCUGCUGCUUGUCCUCCUGCUUGUGGCUCCUGCUCACUCCUGGCUGUCACUAGAAGAGUGGGGCUCUGGCCGUGUCGAAGGCUCCGUCGGGGAGUUUGGACAGUGUGUUUGUAAUGUGUUCCUGCCUGACACUUCAUUCCCAGCAGACCGUGUGGAGCACAUGCAGACCACCUCAAAUCAACUGUCUGUAAAGGUCAAGCUCCAGAUCAUCAAGAUCAGUAGUUUGAAGGUUCAGCUGGAAGUUCUUCUCAGCAAUCUCUCCAACCUGACAACUCGUGUGGAGAGUCUGGAGAGCGGACCGGACAAGUACAUCAAACUGGAGUUUGAGCUGCUCCGCAUUGAGCUCAGAGAGUUUGAGGCUCUGGUCACACAACUGAAAGCAUCUCUAAACUCAUCUUCACCGGCCUUCGAGAGUCUCUACAUUGAGAUUCGCAAUAUGAGUUUAAUCGUUGACCAACUGGAGAGCUACGACCGGAGCAACUUAGAAGUGAUUCGCAUCGAGUUCGCCAAACUUCAGCGGAAACUGGAGAAAUGCCAGGAUGAUAAGGAUGACUUCUCUAAUGCAGGAAUAGGGUCCUGUAAGCAUGGAGGUAUUCUCAGAAUUGGAAAGCCUGUCUAUAUAUGUGUAUAUAUAUAUAUAACCUACGCCACGGAGGAAUCGAAGGGUAAACUGGUUUUAGGGAAGAUCAAUGAAGUGUCAUUUGAAGUAGAGGAGGUUUGGCAGACCAGCAUAUACAAGCAGUCUGUCACAAACGCGUUCAUGAUUUGUGGCAUCCUUUACGCAACCAGGUCAAUAGACACUCAAACCGAGGAGAUCUUUUACACCUUUGACACCAAUAAAAACGAGGAAAGCCAUGUUAGCAUUCCCUUUGAGAAGUUCCAGGACUUUUACAUGUACCUGGACUACAAUCCCAGCGAUCAGAGACUUUACAUGUUCAACAAUGGUUACUAUGUGUAUUACAACGUGAAGUUCAACAUUGCUUAGAUGAACUACUGCUUUCAAAAAUGACUUGACAAUGUAAUCCAUUUCAUGUGGAAAUUCUUUGCAUUGCC